ACAUCACAGCACCUCGCUACUUAGCUACUUCUGUUUUCAUUUCUGUUUUCAUUUCUGUUUUCGCAAAGAAGAAGAAGAAGAAGAAGGCCGCCACUCACCCCCAAGCUCGGGACAGAAUACGGGAACCAACGGCUGGGGGGAUAUCCUUGGCUGAAAAAGAAUUUGAAGACGAUCGAUCAUUGUUAAUGGGGAUUGGGAUUGUCAAUUGAUGACUGGACUGCGACGUUGCAGGUGACUGACUGACUUGACUAACUACUGGGCUUGCUCAGCGGGCUGGACUGGACUGGCCUUGGGCUGGCUGGGUUUUGGAUCAGACUGAACUGGGCCAAAUAAUAAAUAAAUAACUCAAGCCGGCUGAACACCUUGAAGCCGCUAGAGGCUGGGCGGGAGGCCAGACAGUGGAAAACCCGGGGAAAACCCGGGGAAUAAAAUAAAAAAAAAAAAGAAGGGCGGGAGAACGAAAAAAGAAAACAUGGAACCUUGGAAAACUCGCCGGGUAACGUGACAUGAUGAAAAGCCAGAACUAUUCAUAGCUUAUAACUACAGAGUAGUUACAUUUUGUUUCGUUAAGUUAGUUAUUAGUUGUAACCGAGAACAACAAGAGAAUAGGAAUGCUCUGGCUGAUGAAAUGCCUGAAAGAAAGACGCCAAAAGCUCUCCCGAAGAUUCUUGUCAAACAAUAACAUUUCUAAACUACUGUUGUUGGCCAGCAACCUUGGAAUUACUAUGACACUCCGAAUAAAACCAGGUAAAGACCAAGUAAAGUAUAUACGCGUCCUUUUUUUAAUGGAUAUCAGGGCCCCUUUCUCUUAUAGCCUUCCCUUCCCCCCUUCAAAGUCUCCCGAGGGCCAAGCAAGGCUGUGGCGCAAAACCUUCAGUGGGCCGCGGAUUGCCGCGCGGAGAGUGAGUGGAAACGAACAAAUCCCCAUGUGAUAUAGAGCAUGGGGAAAAGAAGAAAAAGUAAGGAAAAGAAAACGAAAAAGUUCCUGGCUGAGACAAGGAUGAGACUGUAGUACUACUGAUGGAAACAGAUUACCAUAGAAUUUACAAAGAAAUGCGGUAUUUAUUUAAUAGGGAGUCUGAUCUUCAAUGUUCGGAUAUAGCUGGUGGUUGUAAGUAACCAAGAGACAUUGAUACAGAUGCUUAGAAGCGGCUUAUAGAGUAAUAAGUAUACAUGUACAUGUAUACAAAACAUGUACCUAGCGACCGUCGGAAUCGAUGAGGAAUAAUAUUAAAUAAUAGCGAACAGGGAAUCACCAUACGGAAGCAAUAAGACAGGAUAGGGCCUCCCUCCUCCCCAAGGACAAGGAAGAUGUAAUCUUCUUGGGAGAUAUCUGGAUUGAGGGGCACAUUCUUCUACAUUAUUAUUAAUAUCAACUAUUAUGGAUGUACUGUACUCCGUACUCGGUUCAGUUCCAUGUCGUCAUUCCACGGCGUAUUGUUAUGCCCAGGCCAUCGCAUCGGGAGAACUCGGGACCAUUCAGCCGCCGUGCACGGGGAUUUCAUUUGGGCCCGGUUCCGGGUUGCUGGCUCUCUUUUUUGGCUUUCUGGCGCACGGAGCAAAGGGGGAGAGAGAGCUGAGUCCAUGUACAAGUACAUGUACAUGUACAUUUACAUUUACAUACAAUAGUAAUACAUGUAACACUCGUAAGUUAAAGGUGAACGUUACUGACUAUAUAGUUAUAACUCACUCUGUAACUACGGAGUACUCUUGUAUUAUGAUUGUAACUUAUUCAAUAGUAUUAUCCUACUACAACCUCCUCGCGGGGACUCACCCACCCGGUAUUUCCCGGGCGUGGUGGAGCUCAGGCAAGAACAGGACACAACAACGACUCCAACCAAGAACAAAAAAAAAAAAAAAAAAGAGUUUGCCAUCGAGAAGAUUGUUGGAUUGUCUGCUAUUAUUCUGAUUGGAUUUGCGCCAGUCUGAGUCUACCUUCUACCUUACCCUGCCGGGUGUCAGGCACCUGCUGCUGCUUGGUUCGGUCUGCUAUGCGCCACACUCUACGCAGCGGGUGCUGCUGCUGCUGCUAUGUCUCUCGUCUUUCUCUUUCUGUUUCUACCGGCCUCCGCUGCCCAGUUCCGCUGUCGUCUGCCAAUAAUAAUAACAAUCGCCAGCUCCUAACCCUGAACAGUCCCGCUAGUGGUCGCUAUAAUUACUCCUGUUACUCCUCUUGCUGCUACUACUACGCUGCGUACUACUACAACUACUACUACUCCUGCUACCCGACUGCUACGCGUAGUAAUAACAGUGCUAAGACCCUCUCGCCCAUCCCGGACCCACGGGCACCGUCGUCAAAUAAACCUCGUAGCAUUAAUAUUACCACUGCGUGUUUUCGCCGAUUUACGUUUGCUUUCCCGUUCUUCGCCGCCCGCAUGGCUUCCGGUUCCGCUUCGGGCGCAGACGCUACUGGCUCUACUCCCCUAUCCACGGCUACUCGUGCUGCCAUUCAUAUACCCCCGGAUGCCCCCCCUUCGUCGGCUCCCACUCUACCAUCAUCUUCAACUUCUUUAACUUCAGCUCCAGCUUCUCGCCCCCUUAUCCAACCCUUUUCUUCUGCUACUGCUACUACUACUACUACUACUACUACUACUACUACUACUACCUCCGUCCCUCCCAAUCUCGCUCCCUUCUCCGACUUCUCCGACUUUGCCAGGCAGCUACAGGCGAAGCAACAGCAUUCCAACUACCACUCCACCUCCCUGUCCACCUCUCUUAAAAACAUGGUUGCCGCUUCGGUAAACCGCACUGCGCUGCAUCCCAGUGGUGUUCAGCCUGGUGUAGGACACACAGAACUCGAGGAGGAACUCCACGAAACUGCCCACAUCGACUAUGAGCGCGUCUCAAUUAUUGCCAACCCUGCCGUCGCCUCUCUCUACGAAGAUGCUCUGGUCUACGAAACCGGCACCGCCAUCACCUCCAGCGGUGCCUUGACUGCCUACUCCGGCGCAAAGACCGGCAGAUCACCCCUCGACAAGAGAGUUGUAAAAGAACCCUCAUCUGAGAAGGAUAUCUGGUGGGGUCCUGUCAACAAGCCUAUGUCGCCAGAGGUCUGGAGAAUUAACAGAGAACGUGCUGUCGAUUAUCUCAACACCAGAAACCGCAUCUAUGUCAUCGAUGGCUAUGCCGGCUGGGACGAGCGCUACAGAAUCAGCGUCAGAGUCGUCUGCGCCCGUGCCUACCAUGCCCUCUUCAUGCGCAACAUGCUUAUCCGGCCCUCGCGCGAGGAGCUCAAGUCCUUCCACCCAGACUACGUCAUCUACAACGCCGGUUCUUUCCCCGCAAACAGAUGGACUGAGGGCAUGACCUCCGCCACUUCCGUAGCCAUUAACUUUGCCGAAAAGGAGAUGGUCAUCCUUGGUACUGAGUAUGCCGGCGAGAUGAAGAAGGGUGUCUUCACCGUGCUCUUCUACGAGAUGCCCGUCAAGCACAACGUGCUCACCCUGCACUCGUCCGCCAACCAGGGCGAGGAUGGUGAUGUCACUGUUUUCUUCGGCUUGUCUGGAACUGGCAAGACUACCCUAUCUGCUGAUCCUAAGCGCGCUCUGAUUGGUGAUGACGAGCACUGCUGGAGUGACCGCGGUGUCUUCAACAUUGAGGGAGGAUGCUACGCCAAGUGCAUUGGCUUGUCCGCAGAGAAGGAGCCAGAUAUUUUCAACGCAAUCCGCUUCGGAUCUGUGCUGGAGAACGUCGUCUUCGACCCCGUAACCCGGGUUGUUGACUAUGAUGAUUCCACCCUCACUGAGAACACCAGAUGUGCUUACCCAAUAGAAUACAUCGAAAACGCCAAAAUCCCCUGUAUCGCCGAAGAACACCCCAAGAACAUCAUCCUCCUUACUUGCGACGCCCGCGGUGUUCUCCCACCCAUCUCCAAACUGAACACUGAACAAACCAUGUUCCACUUCAUCUCCGGCUACACCUCCAAAAUGGCCGGCACUGAAGACGGGGUCACGGAGCCUCAAGCCACGUUCUCCUCCUGCUUCGCCCAGCCCUUCCUUGCCCUCCACCCCAUGCGCUACGCUCGCAUGCUCGCCGAUAAGAUCUCCCAACACAAAGCCAACGCCUGGCUCCUGAACACCGGCUGGGUAGGCGCCGGCGCCACCACUGGCGGCAAGCGCUGCCCGCUAAAAUACACCCGCGCCAUCCUCGAUGCCAUCCACAGCGGCGAGCUGGCCAAGGCAGAGUACGAAGUCUAUGACGUCUUCAACCUCUACGUGCCCAAGUCCUGCCCAGGCGUGCCGAGCGAGCUCCUCAACCCCAAGAAGAGCUGGACCGCCUCGACCUCCUUCGAGAGUGAAGUGACCAAGCUCGCUGUGCUGUUCAAUGAGAACUUCAAGAAGUACUCGGAUGAGGCUACCAAGGAGGUUAUCGCCGCUGCGCCUGUUGUGCCAUCGCCUGCCAAGGCUGCCGUUGAGGUAAAUGGCGCCGAGCCCUCGACUACAAGGGAGAAUACGGCUUGACUAGAACGGAAACAAUCAAGGAGAGUGUUGUUUAAGCAGAAGUUGCGGAAAGUGUUCCAGUAGGAGCAGGAUCCAGGACUAAAACCAGAAAAAUAUAAAAAACAGAAAAGAAAAGUACACUUCGCGGAAGUCCGGUUUUCUUUCUUGUUGUUGCUAUGAAAAGGGUUGCACUUCCUAGCUUAAGCUUCCUUUCCUCCUUAAGGAAGAGGGAAAUAAAUACAAGCCAACUCUACGUGUUCCGUCCGUGUAUAUCGGGAAAAGAAUAGGACAAAAGAGAACGGAGCAAAUAAAAUAACAACGAAUGAAGAAUGAAGAAUGAAGAUGAGGCAGAGGUAGCUGCAAAAAGCCAUCCUUCUCCCCCUCAGCCCUACAUAGAAUGGUGCUGGGGGCAACACACCCUGUAUCCCAAAUCUUACCCCAUCCUUCUUCUUAUUGUCUUUUUUUUUCCCUUUUUUUCCCUUUUUUUCCCUUUUUUUCCCUUGGUGCGCAUGUUAAUGAUUCCAAAGUUUUCUUUUGGUUUUUUUUUCAUUUUCCUAGUUUCAAACGGUUCCUUUUGUUAUUCCACUUUCACCCACCUUUAAACCUUGUUAUUUUCUCAUUAAUAUAUAUAUAUUUAUUUAUAUAUAUUUAUUUAUUUAUUAUUUAUUUUUCUUUCUCAGUUUGAUAUUUCUUGCAUCAGCUCUUUUUCCUUUCUAUUCCUUUUCCUUUUUUUCCUUGAUUUUCCUUUUGUCUAUAUAUAUAUAUAUAUAUACGUAAAUGUUACAUACCUGCCCUGCGUAUUUAUUCAUAAAAUAAAAUAAAUGAACAGUCCAUUCAACUGAUUGAAGUUGUUAGAAUUUUGAGAUUUUCGUCCUUUGCAAACUAGGACAUAAGAAGCCAAAAAAAGUUUUUUAUCUUCGCUAAGGAGUAGCUGCAGAUUUAUUUAGAUGAUUGGUUUAUCCUAUUUAAUCGAGUAUCAAUUCUACAUCUCAAGGGGUAAAUAACUGUG